CCCGGCGGCGCCGACGUCGGUGCGUGGAGGUGACGGAGCGGGCCGGACGCGUCCCUUUGUUGGCUCAGCGGCGCCUGGGAGAGGAGAGGAGGAGGGUUUGGGGACCGCUCCGCCGAAGGGAGGCGGGCUAGGCCGGAGCCCUCGCGUGCCUCCCGCCCUCAGCCGGCGCCUGUGCCUGCUCCUCCCCGCCUUCCUCCUCCUCCGCCUCGGCCUCGUCGGCCUCCUCCUCACAGGCCUCGCCGCCAACAUGGACUCGGACGAGGGCUACAACUACGAGUUCGACGAGGACGAGGAGUGCAGCGAGGACAGCGGCGCUGAGGAGGACGACGACGACGACGAGCCCGACGACGACCCCGACGACGGCAACCUGGACCUGGGCGAGGUGGAGCUGGUGGAGCCCGGCGUGGGCGGGGAGCGGGACGGGCUGCUGGGCGGCGAGACCGGCGGCGGCGGAGGAGGCCUCGGGCCCGGAGGAGGAGGAGGCCUCGGCGUCGGCGGAGGAGGCCUCGGGGGAAGCAGCGGCCUGGGCGGGCCCGGCUCCGGAGGCGGACUAGGCCACGACCAGGAGGAGGACUACCGCUACGAGGUGCUCACGGCCGAGCAGAUCCUGCAGCACAUGGUGGAGUGCAUCCGGGAGGUCAACGAGGUCAUCCAGAACCCAGCAACUAUUACCAGGAUACUCCUUAGUCAUUUCAACUGGGAUAAAGAAAAGCUGAUGGAGAGGUACUUUGAUGGCAACCUGGAAAAGCUCUUUGCAGAAUGUCAUGUAAUUAAUCCCAGUAAAAAGUCUCGAACACGUCAAAUGAACACAAGGUCAUCUGCGCAGGAUAUGCCUUGCCAGAUCUGCUAUCUGAACUAUCCUAACUCGUAUUUCACAGGCUUGGAGUGUGGACAUAAGUUUUGCAUGCAGUGCUGGAGUGAAUAUUUAACUACCAAAAUAAUGGAGGAAGGCAUGGGACAGACAAUUUCAUGCCCUGCUCAUGGCUGUGAUAUCUUGGUGGAUGACAAUACAGUUAUGCGCCUGAUCACAGAUUCAAAAGUUAAAUUAAAGUACCAGCAUUUAAUAACUAAUAGUUUUGUAGAGUGCAAUCGACUGUUAAAAUGGUGUCCUGCUCCAGAUUGCCACCAUGUUGUUAAAGUUCAGUAUCCUGAUGCUAAGCCUGUUCGCUGUAAAUGUGGCCGUCAGUUUUGCUUUAACUGUGGUGAAAACUGGCAUGAUCCUGUUAAGUGCAAGUGGUUAAAGAAGUGGAUUAAGAAGUGUGAUGACGACAGUGAAACUUCUAAUUGGAUUGCAGCAAAUACAAAGGAAUGCCCUAAAUGCCACGUGACCAUAGAAAAGGAUGGCGGCUGCAAUCACAUGGUCUGUCGGAAUCAGAAUUGUAAAGCAGAGUUUUGCUGGGUGUGUCUCGGCCCUUGGGAGCCACAUGGGUCUGCCUGGUACAACUGUAACCGCUACAAUGAGGAUGAUGCAAAGGCAGCAAGAGAUGCCCAAGAGCGAUCCAGAGCAGCCCUGCAGAGGUACCUCUUCUACUGCAACCGUUACAUGAACCACAUGCAGAGCCUGCGCUUUGAGCACAAACUCUAUGCCCAAGUCAAGCAGAAAAUGGAGGAGAUGCAGCAGCACAACAUGUCCUGGAUCGAGGUCCAGUUCCUGAAGAAAGCAGUCGAUGUCCUCUGCCAGUGUCGUGCCACACUCAUGUACACUUACGUCUUUGCCUUCUACCUCAAAAAGAAUAACCAGUCCAUUAUCUUUGAGAAUAAUCAGGCAGAUUUGGAAAAUGCUACCGAGGUCCUUUCUGGGUAUCUGGAACGAGAUAUAUCCCAAGAUUCACUGCAAGACAUAAAGCAGAAAGUGCAAGAUAAGUACAGAUACUGUGAGAGCCGGCGGCGGGUCUUGUUGCAGCACGUGCACGAAGGCUAUGAGAAGGACCUGUGGGAGUACAUUGAGGACUGAAAGGGGCCUGCAUAAAACGAACUCUGAAAACCUUUUUUUCCCAUCUAGAGUGCUCAUGCGAUUAAAAAAGCAAAACACACACACAAACAAAAAAGGGGGCACUACGCCUAUUACACCGCUGGUCUGUAGUACCGGAAUUCUGUUUUUGUUAAUGGAGAAAAGAAUUUAAGUAAAUUAUAUUGUAAUAAAAAAAGGUAGCUAAACCAUUGUACAACAGUAUUCUAGGUGGCCAGUUAAGUGUGACAUACGCACUAAGAAAAAAACAAACAAAAGUCAACCCUCCAACUUUAACUUGUAACGUAGCUUCAUUCUCCAAGCUGACUUCCCCCUCUCCUCCUUUCUCCUAUGCGUAUUACAGAUGAAAUUUAAAACAGUUUGUUGACACUGCUUUUCAUGUCCAACCAGCCAUUUUGAUGUACUUUGGUAUGAUGAGAUUUCCUCCCUCCCUCCCUUCCUUUCUUCCUCCCUUCCCCCCUUUCACACAUGCACCAGUUCAUGGGUGAAUGUCGUUUGGCUAAUUGUAAAGAGGAUUUUGUGGGAUGGUGGGGGGCGGGGGAGGAGGGGCACACAGCAAGGAAAAAAAAUAAACUUUGUAUAUGACUUUUAAAAUACAAACAAAGAGGACAACACAGUAUUUUUCAAAAUUGUAAAUAGCGCAUAUGCAUGGACAAAAAAAAAGAGCAAGCGUGGCACGUGUUUGCAUAAUGUUUAAUUACGAAAAAAUAUUUAUUCUUUAAAAAUCUUCAAGAUGUCUAUUUGCUGUGCAUUUUUCUUUCGGUUUGCUUUUUACCUCUUGAUUUGGGGACGGGGAGGGCAGGGCGACGUAUGCCGCUGUAUCGAGACUCUUUUCUCUUUGUUUCUCUUCUCUCUUUCAAGGCGUUUUGGGUUUCUUUCUCCUCUUAACUGCAGCUCCUUCGCAACUCUUCCAUGGUUUGGGUGUGUUCCUUGCUGGCAACGGACACCGUCCCAUUUGCACUUCCGGCUUUUUUUUUUCCUGACGCAAACUCGAUUGACUUUGGUGUGUGUUGAGCCUUUGGAAAUGAAAACGUAGUGAUUCCGGCUGCUUUUUGUCUCCUCUUUUUUUUGCUCAGAAUAGCCAUUUAACCAUUCUUUCUUGCUCAUCCUUCUUUCCAUUUCCAUGCAUGUCAGGUAUCCCUUAGUCAUUCUUAGGAAAGUGUUAGGACAUUUUCUCUGUGGGUUGAAAUGGAACAUUCCUUGUCGCUGUGUCUUGUCAGUUGCGUAACACCAAACAACAAAAGAUGGGGCUGUUUGUUUCAGAGUCGGGGGGAAAGGCCUGGCGUUGCAAAUGCUCUCGUCUUAGUUGCAAAGGCCUGCAGUUUCUGAAGUCGUUGGGUAUUUUCCUCCCAUUGAUGGGAAGAGGGACUGAGUUUCAAGCGCACAUAGUCUUUUAUAGUCUUUAUUUUCUUUGUCAAAGACCCCGCUGGAAGCCGUUCAUUAAACCAAGCUGCACGGGAUCUUUUUGUGGCAUACUUAUUUUCCCACCACAGCAGUGUUUACACUUUCGAGUUAAGAAAGAAAUGGAAAAGAUCAGUUGAAGGAGUAAAAAAGAGAGAGUGGGAGAAUGUGUCUGUGUUCGAGCCGCUUUUCCAAAAGGCUGCUUCCAUUACUCUUUCAAGAUGAAGGGAGAUCUAUUCAGCUUUGGAGUGUAAUUUUUGGGAUGUUGGCUCUUCUGUGCAGCCUGGCAAAGGUUUUACGGAAUGGAAGGGAAUGGCUGAAAGUUGGUUACAUGUUUGGAAAAGAAAAUAAGAUUUUACUGAAUGAGUUCAGGCUCUUGAAGUAAUUGAGUAACUUGUAUAUCAGAAUGGUUAGGCAGACCUUCAUUUUUGUAUCUCUUCUUAUGUGUGAUUGGGAUAAUUUCCUUGCUCGUAGGUCCCGUUUUAAAGCAAAAGCAAGCUGUUAGGAGGGAAAAGGUACUCCAGUAAAGCUGAGCAUGAAAAAAAAAAUGCUUCCUUCAAAGAGAUUUGAGAAUUCUCUGUUAAGUUGAGUGCUCGAAUGCCACUCUUCAGAUUUUCUUCUGUACCUUUUGCCCAAAAUUGACUGAAAACUUCCUGAUCAGGUUCUCUAACCCAUCCCAGAUGUCUUUCUCUCUCUUUUAUACCUUUUUUGUCUUUUUUGUCCUGGAACUGGUGGCCAUGCUGUGUUGGGUGUGUCUCUCGGAUGAAUGCGUCCAUGCUUUCAGCCCCUCCCUGCGAUUUCCCUUCUUUCCAAACACCUUGCUCUUGUCAUCCAUCCCUUUUUCCGUUGAUUAACAAAUACACAAACCAAACUGUAUAUAAAAUGUGCGGUACCUUCUUGCAUUGAAGAUCGCACACAUUAUCUUUUUUUGUGGAGGGGUUAUUAAAAAAGCAUUGUAAAUCUUAUUGGAUUUUGGACUCAGAUCACUGACACCAAAACUCUUGUAAAAGCUUGCUCGUUGGUUCUGAAACCCCCCUUUUUAUUUUCUACCCUCCCUUUUCUUAAAGAAAAAGCAAAUACUUGGCAAUGAAGAUGCUACUCUCAAGCUUUGGUUGGUGCAAUAUGUGAAAAAAAAAUAAUGAUUUCAUGUUAUGUAUCAUGAUUGAAUGAUGGGGCCUCUAGGCGCAAAAGCGGGAGAGCGGCGCACAGUCUGUAUUUUGCACCCGCUUCCUUCUGUUUCACAUGAUUCACCGCAGCUUUUUUGGGGGGGGGAAGGGGGGGAGCGAGGAGUCCUCUGGUAGUGUAUGUAUCAGGCAGUCUUAAUUUUUCAGAACCAGUUAACCCCGAAAAUGUUUUUUAGUACAACUGCUGUAUUAGAAACCAGUUAUUGUGUGAGGCGAGAGCAGUGCUCUUUGGAGGACCUUGUUCAAGAGAACCCUGUUUAUCCAGCGCUUUUUGGGGGGCGGUUGGAAGACAAUCGGAUGGCUGGGACUGAACAGAAGAACUUGUAAUCCUCUAGUUUUCCUCUUCCAUCUAGUAGAGAGCACCUCAUGCUGUGGACAUAACUGUUCUUAGACUUCAUUGUAACUGCUGGACUGUUCCGUGUUAAAGGCUAAACAGAGGGAGAGAAAGUGUUCCUAAUUCUAAUAAACUUUUAUUUUGUUAUUUCAUUA